CUACAGCAAACCCAAUCUGAAUCCAACUCAAAGAGCUUCAUCCAUGCAUGACAGGACAGCGCAGGCAUUGGUCUGUGUGACAUUGGUCAUCCCACCAUUUUGAUGUCGAGGUUAACAAAGAGCAAACCAUCUGCUUCGGAGGACACAAUAAUUUAACCAGGAGAACCUACCCCUCGCCCAAGUAUCCCAUAGAAAACGCCCAAGUAUCCGAAAGGAAUUCAUUUUCUGUACGGCUAGGCAGUAAUGUGUGAAGGUCCCUCUAUGAUAUCUGGACCCAUCCCCCCGGAUCCCACACUUUUCCCCGAGUAUUAUAGACGACCUGCCUCCGCCAGAGGGCGUUUGGAGGGGAACGCCGAGGCGAAAGCAGCCUUGUUGUUGGGUCCUUUAGCCCCAGAUCCCACACUGCAUCCGGGGUGCUACAGCGCACGACCUGCACCUCCCCCUCGGAUCGGCUCCAAUGCCACCCACAUCCUGGAGAGGGGUCGCAAAGGGGUGGUGGGGUCUCUACUCUCGCUGGAGGGCGUCUCUCUAAACCCCAGCCCUCCUAGACUCAAGCAGCAUGUGCGGGAUUAUGGGAAGGAGAAUGUGCGGAGGCUCCGGGAAAUCCAGAGGCGGUGCCGGGAACAGGAAGCGGAGAGGGAGCGCAGCCGUCCUGUUCCUGUCAAGGCCCUCUGGACCUCGCCCAAGUACCAGGAUGUAGCGUCCAAAGUGAUGACCCAUCUGCAGGAGACCAGUCCCCCCAAGAAGCCGGAAUGCCAGAAUUUCCUGAAAGGACAUUCCCGCUCCGGAUCUGCCAGUCUGCCCCGCCCACGCACCAGCCCCUCCCCUAACACAAGCUCCUCCCCCCACUCUGAGAUGUGGGUGCAGGGCAGAGCUGUGGACUUUGUCAGCUACAACGCCCGUUCUGCAGGAAAGACUGUUCUACGCCGCUCGCAGUCGCUGCAGAACCUGUCCCCCAAACAAGCUCCGCCCACCUCGUCACAGAAGGGCCGUGUGCCACAAUAUCUGGAGGAGAGGAAAGAACAGUGGCGUCGUGAGGCAGAGGACAAGAGGAGGAACACGCCUGAUCCCUCCAUCCCGCCCGGACACACCCUCAUGUCCGAGCAGGAGAGGUUGGAGACGCUGGAGUCUCUGAAAGACACCCAGCAGUCUCUGGUGAAGGACCUUCUCUCUCUCCCUGUCCGAGUCGACACCCUGAGUGUCCGCACACGCAGAACUCAGCUGGACCGCAAGCUGUCCGAGGUGGAGGAGGCCAUCAAGAUCUUCUCCAGGGACAGGGUCUACAUCAAGAUCGAUUCCUAACAGCCCCAAACGGACUGUUGUCCUCACUCUGCUAUCCCGCGUGUGAGGUUUUUCAUUGGACUGAGCACGUAGAGAAAACACUGCAGUCAAUGUUUACCUGCAGAAGAAACGUAACCGAAAUCUCCUCCCACUUCCAGUAUAACCAGGAGGCAUUUUUGGCUGAAGCUGUGAUGCUCUCCCAUCAUAAUGACUUGUUAAAAUAUGAUCUUCUGAUUUUCAUACAGCUGCCAGCUCUGUCCAGCGCUGAGGCUCUACCCAUGGGCCAUUCGCUGGGCUUCGUGGAUGUUUGGAGGUUGUGGUCUGGGUGGCUGGGUUUGAGGGUGGUGCUGUAGCCCAUGGGGACACUGGCAGUCUGUAACCUUGGCCAUCCAUAUGGGUGCGGUGUUCCAUAGAUGCUAUAGACCCACCAGAUCUGCAUGGGUGCGCUGUACCAUAGACUAUAGACCCUCCAGAUCUACAUGGGUUCGCAGUACCAUAGACCAACGAGAUCUGCAUGUGUAGCAGGGUUAGCUCUGCUAAUUCUCUAGGAAAGCGAAGGCUUGUACCGGGUUAACUUUAAAAAAACGUUGUUUCCCUUGGCUAGAGUACCAUAGACGCUAUAGACCCAGCAGGUACUCCACUCUAUUCCUGUCCAUGAAACUUCCCAAUUUAUUAUGAUUUCUGAGUAUUUGAGAUGGUGUGGCCAAGUACAAUACGGUGGUAUUGUAUCAUCAGAAAAUAUCAGAUAGAAAGCUCAGCAAUACAGUUAAUGUAUUUUUGUUUUUAAAAGUAGUUGCACUUUCAUGACAUACUUACAAACACAAAUUUCCCACAUUUUCUGACUGUCUGAAAUGUCCUUGGAUGUACAUUAGUGUAUUCACGUUAUCAGAUGAUAUGCAUCGUAUAUGUGUAUUAACAUUAUCAUAUAUAUGCAAUCAUCCAGGUACCGUACAAACAUGGUACAGAUUUUACAAUAAAAUGAAGAGUAUUUUAGAGCUUCUGGUGAACGUGGGAAUAAACGGAUUAUGACAAAGAAAUUAAUCAAAGUGUGUAUUCAGCUCCAGGUUGUCACUUUUAAAGGAAUAUUCACUGUCUGGGAUUGUUGUACACAAUACCAAUCUGACAUACAGAGUGUGAUGUCAUUAGCCAGGUCUAAUAUGACUUCUCUGUGAAAUCCCAAAAUGGAGGUCAAAUUAAUGUUACAUCGCAGAUGGAUAGUGAUACUCUGGCAGUCUGUGAUGCUUGCUGUAUAUAUUUAUUAAUGUUUCAUUUUUUUAGUGCUUAUGAAGGCAUAAUGCAGUUCUCAUGAAGGUUUUUAUAAAAUUGCACUUCACAGGAGUGUCUCAGAUUUCCAAAAUUGUGUCCCACUAAGAAUUACCACAAGGAAUAUAUUGCCUGUUGAGUCUUUACCCAACGUUUCAGUUUUUGAAGGAAUAUUGGUGUAAGUAUAUUUUUCAUCAUAAUUUAUUUCCAAUUUCAAUAAACCUUCAAGAAUGAUUUCAAUUGCUAUAA